UCAACAUGUCGAGUUCGUACAGAAGCAGGAUUCAGGAAUUCAAGGUAGCCUUGAGUGAGGAAAAGAUUGACCUGAAAACACUUCGCGAGCUUUGCUUUAGUGGUAUCCCUUUUGAAGGAGGCAUUCGUGCAUUGUGUUGGAAGAUUCUGUUGAAUUACCUGCCCCUGGAUCAGUCACUAUGGGACUCUUUUCUGAAAAAACAGAGAGAGCUGUACGCACAGUUCCUGAGGGAAAUGAUCAUUCAGCCAGGCAUUGCCAAAGCUAACCUUGGUCUCUCCAGAGAGGACGUCACACUGGAGGAUCAUCCUCUCAACCCAAACCCAGACAGUAGAUGGAACACUUAUUUUAAAGAUAACGAGGUUCUCCUGCAGAUUGAUAAAGAUGUCAGACGCCUGUAUCCAGACAUGGCCUUCUUCCAGAGAGCCACAGAGUACCCCUGCCAUCUGAUCCUGGACCCCCAAAACGAAUACGAGACCCUUAGGAGACGAGUGGAACAAACGACACUCAAAGCCCAGACGGUUGACCGCAACCGCAGUGGUGUCACCAAUGUGAGUUCACCAGGGAAAGCGUUGAACCUUUACCCCUCAAAUGAGUACGAGGUCUUGCCCAAUGGCUGUGAAGCCCACUGGGAGGUUGUGGAGCGUAUAUUGUUUAUCUAUGCCAAGCUCAACCCAGGCAUCGCCUAUGUGCAGGGCAUGAACGAGAUUGUGGGACCUAUCUACUACACGUUUGCCACAGACCCCAACAACCAGUGGAAAGAGCACGCGGAGGCCGACACGUUUUUCUGCUUCACCAACCUAAUGGCUGAGAACCGAGACAACUUCAUCAAGAGCCUGGAUGACUCUCAGUGCGGCAUCACCUAUAAGAUGGAGAGUGUGUUUUCUAUGCUCAAAGAGAAGGAUAUGGAGCUUUACCUCAAGCUGCAAGAACAGAACAUUAAGCCUCAGUAUUUUACUUUUCGAUGGCUGACCUUACUGCUGUCCCAGGAGUUCCUCCUGCCGGAUGUUAUCCGAAUCUGGGACACGCUCUUCUCCGAUCAGGACCGCUUUGACUUCCUCAUUCUAGUCUGCUGUGCUAUGCUGAUACUGAUACGGGAACAGUUAUUGGCAGGAGACUUCACAGUGAACAUGAGAUUACUGCAGGAUUAUCCUAUAUCUGAUGUCCACACCAUUCUCACCAAGGCCAAGGAGCUGCAGGAUGGAUCGUAGCCAGCUGCCCUGGCCGCCCC